AUGGCCCAACAGCUUACAAAGAGCUGUAAUGUCAGUGACCGGGUGACUGCACUGCUGCCCAGGCUGUGGACACUGUCGGGUCCACCUCCGAGGCCUGUUGCCCGGCGGCACCGCCUCCUGGUGCUGCUGUCUGCCCCGGCAUCCGUGCUGUCCAUCCCAUCUCAGACUGUGGCUGUGCUGCCGCGGCGUCCGCCCAGCAGCCCCACCUGUGAGCACCUGCAGUGCAGCGGCUCCUUCGAGCCCCUUUUGGGUGAGCGCAGGGGCCGGAUCACCGCGCAUGUGCAGUUUGCUCAGCUGAACGGAGGAUGCCUUCCUGGCGUUAGGCAGAAGCUGGCAGCAGGUAAGGACAUCGAGGUUCACGGGCACAUGACCUGGCGCAUCCAGCUCCUUCCGCGCUCUAUGACCCGAGGGCACCCCGGUGUGUCUGUGAGCCCAGGUGGUGUCCGCUCUGGGGGCCCUGGGGCCCAGCUGGGCCCUGAGCCUCGAGGGGCUGCCUACAUGUGCAGAAUAGACUCUCUGACCAUCACACCCAGCCCCAAGCUGGCGAAGGUGGCCGUGGGCGCUGCCCACUCCGCGUCCGAGGAAGUGCGGGAGCUCGUGGGCAAGACCGGCUUCUCCUCCGAUCAGAUCGAGCAGCUCCACCGACGGUUUAAGCAGCUGAGCGGGGACCAACCCACCAUCCGCAAGGAGAAUUUCAACAACAUCCCCGACCUGGAGCUCAACCCCAUCCGCUCCAAGAUCAUCCGCGCCUUCUUCGACAACAGGAACCUGCGCAGGGGGCCCAGCGGCCUGGCCGACGAGAUCAACUUCGAAGACUUCCUGACCAUCAUGUCCUACUUCCGGCCCAUUGACACCACCAUGGACGAGGAGCAGGUGGAGCUGUGUCGGAAGGAGAAGCUGAGAUUUCUGUUCCACAUGUACGAUUCCGACAGUGACGGCCGCAUCACUCUGGAAGAAUACCGAAAUGUGGUGGAGGAGCUGCUCUCGGGGAACCCCCACAUCGAGAAGGAGUCUGCCCGCUCCAUCGCCGACGGGGCCAUGAUGGAGGCCGCCAGCGUGUGCGUGGGGCAGAUGGAGCCUGACCAGGUGUACGAGGGGAUCACCUUCGAUGACUUCCUCAAGAUCUGGCAGGGCAUCGACAUCGAGACCAAGAUGCACGUGCGCUUCCUCAACGUGGAGACCAUGGCCCUGUGCCACUGACCCCGGCCCGCGCCGCCGCAGCUCUUGUAAAUAGUCCACACUCGGGCGCCCGCCCGGUUUCCCCGUGGGGUAUGCAACGUGGAACUUGCUGUUUUUACCUCUAAUAAAAAAGAACGGGGUUUAC